UUUAUUGUGAUUGUGCGCUGAUGCGUGGCAGCAAUUAAUGCUAUUGUGGGUACCAGACGUUGUGGGCGAGCGUUUUAUUAUUUCGUGGAGAAAGGUUCUAAUCGAAAAAUGCGAUCAACAGGAAAUUAACUUUCAAAGAACUUUGUAUUUGCUUUUGCCACUUUCUCAAAGUUUAAACCAAACCACGCUCUCGGGUUUAGUCAGGUCACGGUCACUUCUUGCGAUAUUUAGUGGGAUCGCUCUCAACAGUUAGUUACAGCGAUUAAACGUAUAGGCUACAAGCGUUAUAAUGCCUCAAUACAAACUUAUAUAUUUCAAGACGAGGGGACGUGCAGAAGCCAUUCGCCUGCUCUUUGCAGCUGCUGGUGUGAAAUAUGAAGAUUGUAGACUUGAAAUGGAGGAGUUUCGACAACUAAAAGCCAGUGGCAAGCUUCCUUUCAAUCAACUUCCCAUUCUCGAGGUUGAUGAUAAAAUUUUAGCGCAGACACCCACGAUCAUCAGGUACCUUGGCAGGGAAACAGGAUUUGCACCUAUCAACAGUUUUGAUAUUGCAAAAGCUGAUAUGAUUGGCGAUGCAUUGACCGAUACCUUGCAAAAGGCCCAUAAAGCGUAUCUCGAAAAAGAUGAAGAACUUAAGAAAAAGAUGACCAAAGAAUUUUAUGAAGAGACUCUACCAAAUGCAUUGAAUUUGUUGGAGAAAAUUGUCAAGUCUUCCAGUGGGAAAUAUUUUGUUACUGAUAAGCUGACCUAUGCAGAUAUCAAUUUCUUUGCCAGUAUGGAUUUGCUUUUCCCAGAUACAAAAGAUAUCCCACCCAUUUUCGAUAAUUAUCCUUGUUUAAAGUGCUUAUAUUACAAAUUUUAGCCCCCCUUUUUUA